GACAAGACGUAACCAGGUGGUGGAGCUGGUUAUAUGAACUGACCGGCGACUGUCCAGGCGUCGAAAAUAAAUUUGGAAAGACAUACCACAGCCUAGUUCUCGAGGGUGAUUUUGACCCAGGAAGUCAUGUUGACCAAGGUCCUUACAGGGAAGUUGACCUUUACCUCCCUGAAGCCACUAGACUUGACCAAUUUCACAAGACAAGAGCUCAGGGAUUACUUCAACAACAGUUAUGACCUGAAUGAGAGCCUCUUUACCAGCCUGAAAGAUGAUUCGGUGAUGUAUCAGGUACCUGACCGGCUGCGUCUACCCCUCAUCUUCUACUAUGCUCACACGGCCUCUGUAUUCGUUAACAAGCUCAUCCUGGCGGGUCUUCUUGAGGAGCGUGUCAAUCUGGAGUUUGAGACCAUGUUUGAGACUGGGGUUGAUGAGAUGUCCUGGGAUGACACUGAAAAUUAUCGCAUGGGUGGAAGUUACAAAUGGCCGAAUUUGGACGAGGUGGUAGAUUACCGUCGGCAGGUGCGAAACCUGAUCCUGGCCAUCAUUGACACCAUCCCUCUAGAUCUGCCGGUUACCAUGGAUACACCAAUGUGGGCACUUUUUAUGGGUAUGGAACAUGAAAGAAUUCAUGUGGAAACUUCCUCGGUUUUGAUUCGUCAGCUUCCUGUUACCAUGGUUACCAGGCCCGAUGGAUGGGUAUAUGGCCCAAGCAAACAUGGUCAGGGUGCUGGAGAGAACAAACUGGUCCGUGUUGAGAAACAGGAUGUGACAUUUGGGAAACCUCGAGAUUUCCCGUCCUAUGGCUGGGACAAUGAAUAUGGAGAAGUGUCCUGCAGUGUUCCUGAAUUUGAUGCCAGUCAGUAUCUGAUUACCAACCGUGAGUUUCUGGAAUUUGUCAAAGCUGGUGGUUACCAAGACAACCAGCUGUGGUCAGAGGAAGGCUGGGCGUGGCGUGUCUACAAAGAUGCCAGUCAUCCGAUUUUCUGGACGUGUGAUAAAGGCUGUAAGAGUGGUUGUGGUGGGGUGUUGGUAAAGUACUCUCACUGCCAGGCAAAAACCAGCACCAUCUGCCCUCAGACAGAAGUGGACAACGGUCACAGCUCCACCACCUACAGGUAUCGUCUGAUGUUUGAUGAGAUAGAGAUGCCCCUGGACUGGCCAGUGACAGUCAACUACCAUGAGGCUCGGGCGUACUGUGCCUGGAGGGGCCCGGGGUUCCGUCUGCCCGCAGAGGCGGAGCAUCAGCUGAUGAGGGGGACUCAGAAACUGGUGAUAGAUGGGGUGUCUAGUGACAUCAUCUACUCAGACAAAAUUGAGGCUAACAUCAAUCUACAGUACGGAUCCUCUACGCCUGUGAAUCUGUACAGCCCCACGAGCGCUGGGUUCUACGACGUGUUUGGUAAUGUCUGGGAGUGGACUGAGGAUCACUUCAAUGGCCUGCCUGGAUACCAGAGUCACUGGCUGUACGAUGACUUCUCUUCACCCUGUUUUGAUGGCAGACACAACAUGAUCCUGGGUGGCUCGUGGAUUUCCACUGGGGAUGAGGCCUCACGCUUCGCUCGCUACUCAUUCAGACGACACUUCUUUCAACAUUGCGGUUUCCGUGUGGUCUGCAGUGUGUCUACUGACAGCCAGAAACCCACACUGCCUGUCCGAUUGGUCAGUCCAACGGUCUUCAUUCCAGGGCUUGGAGUCACAGAGAAUAAGACACCACUGAUCAAGCAGGUUGAAGUUGAGUUUGUGAAGACCACCAACAGCCAGUUCACAUUUGAUGAGGAGCCAGCAUUAUGGGGCAUCACUGAGCUGGAGUUUGGGUUCCGAGAUGACUUUGCUUCCUCUGUUGCUGAGGCAGCCAUGUUCUUUGUGGAGCUGUUCAAAGCUGAGCGAUCUUCCGCUCUUCACCUGGGCUCUGGCCUGGGUAAAAUCUCAUUCCUGCUGAACCAGCACUUUGACAAGGUGCUAGGAGUGGACUUCUCCGGGAGAUUCAUUAGUUCUGCACUGACCUUACAGGAGCACAAGCAGCUGACGUAUCACAACACUACUGACUUGGAGGCCACCAUUACACUACCACCCCAGCUCAAGACAAACAAUGUUGUCUUCAAACAGUGGACAUGGGUGCCUAAUGAAGUAGGUCAGCAUGACCUAGUUUUGUUGACAUUCUUGGAUCGCACUCUUCAUCCAAAAGCUUGGCUGGUGCGUCUCUGGGAAAUUGUGAGGAAGACAGGAAUUGUUGUGAUUGUUUCUCGGGACAACUGGAACAGGGAAACACUUGCAGCUGUUUUUGGAAACAGGUUGCAUUACGCAGAUUCCAAGAGCAUCGAGUAUGAACUGUCAUCGGGUAGACACCAGACACUGGUCACAGUUUGGCGACGAGAGUAACCUCCCUUGCCUGGAAACCUGUCAGUCGUCUCCUGUAAAGCUUUCCUAACUUUCAUGAUGCAGGCAAAUACUUUCCGGUGAAGUAAAAUUUUUACAAAAUGUUGGUCUUGUUUUACCGAUUUUUCAGUCUUUUCAGUUGUUUUUAACAGGUGUUUUACCAAUGAAGACAUUUUUUUACCUUGGUUUAGAUAUAAAUAUAUAUAUAUAUAUAUAU